GAUGUAUAUUUACAGUUAUCGGUAGCGCCGCCAUUGCUGGAAUUCAUUUUCUAUCUGGUGAUUAAAGCGUCCAUAUCAAAGGCAAAAGUGACUAAAAAAACAGAUUAAUGCGUAAAUUCACAUCGAGGUGAGAAAUGUCUAGGUAUUUUCCAAAGUGUCUCGACGAUAUUUCGUAAAUCCAUUGUCCAGAAUCAGAUACAUUAUUAUUCCUGCAAGGGGUUUCAGGAACAGUAUUUAUUCUACACAUUGUAGAAAAAUUCAGAUUUGGGUUUUAUAAACCCUAUUUUUAUUACACUCUUCAUUGUAUUUUUUGCAAUUAUGAUGACGGACACGCUGAAUUCUAACCAUGUCAUGGCUCUGUCAGGCAAAGUUGAAAUUGACACCAAAAUGGAUGACAUGGGAUGGAAAGCAAAACUCAAGAUUCCCCCCAAAGAUCGGAGAAUACAGACCAGUGAUGUAACUGAUACAAGAGGAAAUGAGUUUGAAGAAUUCUGCCUAAAGCGAGAACUGUUAAUGGGUAUUUUUGAGAAAGGAUGGGAGAAACCAUCACCUAUUCAAGAAGCCUCGAUUCCAAUAGCGUUAUCUGGCAAAGAUAUACUUGCUAGAGCAAAAAAUGGCACAGGUAAAACUGGUGCGUAUAGUAUCCCUGUAUUGGAACAGAUCGACCCUAAAAAAGACUGUAUUCAAGCACUGAUAAUAGUGCCUACACGAGAACUGGCAUUACAAACGUCACAAAUAUGCAUCGAACUAGCGAAACAUUUGGACGUUCGUGUAAUGGUAACUACUGGUGGUACGAACCUAAGGGACGACAUAAUGCGCAUCUAUCAGAAAGUUCAAGUUAUUAUAGCAACUCCUGGUCGCAUUCUUGAUCUGAUGGAAAAAGGUGUGGCCGUCAUGGACCAGUGCAAGAUACUUGUUUUAGACGAGGCUGAUAAGCUGUUGUCACAAGACUUCAAGGGGAUGCUCGAUACUGUGAUAAAGAAUCUACCACAAGAGAGACAAAUUCUGCUCUUCUCUGCCACGUUCCCUCUCACAGUUGAACAGUUUAUGAGAAAACACUUGAGGGAUCCUUAUGAGAUCAAUCUUAUGGAAGAACUCACGCUGAAAGGUGUAACGCAAUAUUAUGCGUUCGUUCAAGAACGUCAGAAAGUACACUGUCUAAAUACUCUGUUCUCAAAGUUACAAAUAAACCAAAGUAUAAUAUUUUGUAAUUCGACUCAACGUGUGGAAUUGUUGGCGAAAAAAAUUACAGAACUUGGUUAUUGUUGCUAUUACAUCCAUGCUAAAAUGGCCCAAGCCCAUCGUAAUAGGGUAUUUCAUGAUUUUCGAGCUGGUCUCUGUCGAAAUCUAGUCUGUUCUGAUCUGUUUACAAGAGGCAUUGAUGUACAAGCGGUAAAUGUUGUCAUCAACUUUGAUUUUCCGAAGAUGGCUGAAACUUAUUUACAUCGUAUAGGCAGAUCCGGCCGAUUCGGACACUUGGGUAUUGCCAUCAACUUAAUUACCUAUGAUGAUAGGUUCGCAUUACAUCGUAUUGAACAGGAACUGGGAACAGAAAUUAAACCAAUUCCGAAAGUGAUUGAUCCUAAACUGUAUGUGGCUAAGCUGUUAGACGACGAAGACACUCCAGAAGAGAAUGCGAAGUAACGCGAUGUAUAAUAAAAGUUAACUACACAUAAAGAAGUAACUGUAUAUAUAAAACAACGUACUUUUAUUAUUUUUUUUCUAAAGAGUUUAAAUUUGCGUUCAAAGACUUUUUUAUACUGAAAUUUGUGAAAAAAUAAUAAUGUGUUUCUGGCGAAAAUGGGUGAUACGGCGUUAUUAUUUAAAAUAAAGUAAGAAAAUUUCUUGAAAUUCUAGACACACCAUGGUGAGUGACAUGUUUCACGUAAUAAAUCUAAUUUAGGUCUUGGUGUUAGAAUCGCAGAUCUUGUUACCCAUGGGAUUCUACCUCCACAAAAUUUUUAAUUAUCUAUAACUUUGCUAAACCAUCAAAUUUGUUUCUUAACAUCCGAAUCUCCACAAAUUUGAUGGUUCCGUAAAAAAUUCACUGUGGUGUGCUGAAUUUGGUGAUAAGAAGUUUAAUACUUGGACUUAAGUUGAACAGUGUUGAAAGUGGUAGACUGUAAUAUGUGCAAAAACUGAGAAACAAGACUCCAGAGUGCUAAAAAUGUGACUCGGGUUUAGGGAGGAAACAUGAAUAAUGAGCACAUCCGUUUGCUCUGUUUGUGCGUUAUUGAGGAGAUUCUGAUCAUAUUCAGUUAACCUUCUGAAUUAUGACUUCGCGAAUGCUUGUCGACGAGGGCAAAAAAGGUUGGUCUGUGGAAGGUAGCUCUUUCAGGACCUUGUUUUAACUUGCUCAUUUUAUUUUUUGGUGGAUGUCAAAAAUUAUUCAUUAUUUUUGAUUCAAGUAUUUUGUUACAGUAUUGUUGAAAAAUGUACUAAUUAUGAAUUUUGCAAAAACUUGUAUGUAUAUAUUCACAUUGGUGAAUUUUUACGAAAACGUAAAGACUCAAUUGUUUUCCAUUUUUAUUCGAGGGGGGGUUAUUUAUAUGACGUCAUUGUGUUGGAUGUAUGUUAAAAUUGGAUAUGACCUUAUACAUGCGAUCUAAUUUAUUUUUUACUUUUUGGGUAACAAAUUUUUGCAUACAUCUAACAUUUCAAAUAUUUUGUUAUUGAAAAAAGAAAACUGUAAAAAGUGAGGGGUGUAGCAUGUUUUCAGUAAGCGUACAUUAGGUUAUCUGAUUGUUUAUUCAACACUUUAUUUGUACUAUUCUUGAUACUAAAAGUAGUAAAUUAAUAUUUUCAUUUUGUAUUUUUAACAAUCUUUAUACCAAAAGGUUCAGGACAGUGUGACCGUCUGUCUUUCCCUGUUUAUAAUUUCUAAUAUUGUCUAAAUUUUUUACUUAAUAAAAUGCUCUUCACAACAA